AGUUACCUUGUGAAAAAUAUUUACAGCUUAUUUACUAAGCUACUGCGUAGCGUUCUCACUACGCUUGAGUUGUGUCUAUAUAUAUAUACACGCACGCAUAAAGCUCCUUCCCGUCUAUUAUACUAAUAAUAACAAUAAUCAGCUUCAAAUAUACUUGAAGAAUCGUAAAGCAUCGUUACGGUUUAAAUCUCUGGCCAUUUUCUCGCGCUCAAAAUGUCGUUCGGUGUUGCUGAUACGAAUCCGAAUAAAUCGUUCGAGGUGACUCAUCCGCCCACUGACUCUGUGUCUAGCCUCUCUUUUAGCCCCAAGGCAAAUUACCUUGUGGCAACUUCAUGGGAUAAUCAGGUGCGAUGCUGGGAGGUGAUGAGGAAUGGAAACAAUCUCGGUACUGUACCCAAGGCACAAAUCUCACAUGAACAGCCGGCUUUGUGCUCAACUUGGAAAGAUGAUGGAACAACAGUUUUUACUGGGGGCUGCGACAAACAAGUUAAGAUGUGGCAACUAUCUUCUGGUGGCCAGCCAGUAACUGUGGGCAUGCAUGAUGCCGCUGUUAAGGAUCUUGCUUGGAUUCCUGAGAUUAACCUAUUAGUAACUGGAAGCUGGGAUAAAACUCUAAGAUACUGGGAUCUCCGACAACCUAAUCCAGCACAUGUUCAAGCACUUCCUGAACGCUGCUAUGCUCUUACAGUAAGACAUCCUCUGAUGGUGGUUGCCACAGCAGAUAGAAAUCUUAUAGUUUAUAACUUGCAGAAUCCUCAGACUGAGUUUAAGAGGAUAAGUUCGCCUCUGAAGUACCAGACUAGGUGUGUUGCUGCCUUCCCAGAUCAGCAAGGUUUCUUGGUUGGGUCAAUUGAAGGGAGAGUUGGUGUCCAUCAUCUUGAUGAUUCACAACAAACUAAAAACUUCACUUUCAAAUGUCAUAGAGAUGGGAAUGAUAUCUACUCAGUCAAUGCUUUGAAUUUUCAUCCUGUACAUCACACAUUUGCAACUGCUGGGUCUGAUGGCACUUUUAAUUUUUGGGACAAAGAUAGCAAACAGAGGCUUAAGGCUAUGUCAAAGUGCAGUAAUCCUAUUCCAUGUAGCGCUUUCAACAAUGAUGGUUCAAUAUACGCAUACGCAGUAUGUUAUGAUUGGAGCAAGGGUGCAGAAAAUCAUAAUCCAUCCACAGCUAAGACCUGUAUAUACCUACAUGCGACACAGGAGGCUGAGGUGAAGGCCAAACCACGAGUGACAACCGGAGGAAGAAGAUGAACCUUUUGGGGGGUUAAAAUUGCCUACUUUAGUGUUAGCUGUGUUACGUUAAUAGUCUUGUUAAUCCUUUAUAGUCUUGUUAAUCCUUAAAUUAUAACUAGUGACAACUGGUUGUGGAUCUCUACUGUUCAACUGGAAAAAAUGUCUGUCUUUGUUUAGCUUUAGCUGUGUUUUGCAUGUAGUCUUGUGAUGUUAAACAAUAUUUCUGGCUUGUUAGGUGGUGCUGUCUUUGUAAUAUAUAUGGCUAUUGGCUAGUGAGAUUUCUCUUGGAGUUUAA